AUGGUGAAAUAUCUGCAGUUGAUGCUGUGUGAAGAAUCGUUGCCCGACCAGACCUUCAAAGACGAGAGCGACGCUGCGACACUGAGGCAGACACUUCCUGAUCUUACUCCUGAUGACCCGUCUGAUGUCACCGCCCUCCCCGCUGAGGACUCUACCCCUGCUGAAGACCAAGCUCCUCCUGCUGCUGCAGACUCCACUCCUGUUGCUGCUGCUCCUGCUGCUGCUGCUCCUCCUGCUGACGACCCUGCCCCUGCUGCUCCUCCUGCUGACGACCCCGCCCCUGCUGAGGGGGAGGAGCCUGCUGAGGACCAGGACGGAGACGACAAAUCCCCCUCCAAGAAGAAAAAGAAUCCAGAAGUAUUUAUUAAUACAUCCUCUCGAAGAUGGGGAAAGUGCCCAAAAAGAGGAAUCUUGCCGACAAGGAAGAAGUUUGAGGUUUUGGGAAGAAAAUCCAAACAUGACGUGGGUCUGCCGGGGGUCUCACGGUCCAAGGCCAUCACGAAGCGAAAAGAAACCCUUCUGAAGGAGUACAGGCAGAAGAACAAGUCGAGUAAAUUCAUCGACCGACGUCUGGGAGAAUAUGACUCCAACAUGGCGCCCGAAGACAAGAUCCUGCAGCGGUUUUCGAUGGAGCGACAGCGGACCCACGACAAGAAGGACAUGUACAACCUGAACGAGGAAGAGGAGCUCACGCAUUACGGACAGUCGCUCGCAGAGAUCGAGAAGUUCAAUGACGCCGUUGGGAGCGACGAUGAAACGGAAGAGAAGGGACUUUUGUCAGCUGAACUGACGGCUUUACACUUUGGCGGCGGCGGUGGACUCCUCCGGAAGAAGAACGCCGGGGAGCAGGACGGCGAUGAACGCGGACCGAGGGCCAAGUCCCGUCAAGAGCUCAUCGAGGAACUCAUCCAGAAGUCCAAACAGGAAAAGCGUGAACGGCAAGUGCGGAAAGAGGAGGCUCAGGAGCUGACGGAGAAACUGGACCAGGAGUGGAAAAGUAUUCAGGCCUUGAUGGUGAAAAAGACUCCGAAAAUGGACGAGGAAAAACCAGAGGAGAAGCCAAAGCUGGAGGAGUACGACAUGAUGGUGCGAGAGCUGGGGUUCGAGAUGAAGGCCCAGCCGUCAGAGAAGCUGAAGACCCCUGAGGAGAUCGCCCGAGAGGAGAGAGAGCGGCUGCAGAAGCUCGAGGCCGAUCGCUUGAGGAGGAUGCUGGGAGAGGAAGCAGAAGACGGCGCUCCGAGGCAAAGUGGGACACAUUUGUCGGCGGACGAUCUGAACGACGGCUUCAUUCUGGACAAAGACGACAAAAAGACCCUGUCGUAUGAGGACGGUAAAUGGAACAUCGGAGAGAACGAAGACGAGGAAGAGGGCGAGGAACAAGGAGACGAAGAGGAGCAGUCGGACGGAGGAGAGGACGCAGAGGAGGCUGGUUCUGAGGAGGAGGAGGAGGGCAGCAGCGAUGAAGAGGAGGACGGUCACUCGGAUUUGGAGUCUGAGCAAAGUGAUGAAGAGGACGAGGCUCCUAAAAGUGACAAACCUGUGAAGAUUUUGAGCGAGGAGGAGCUGAAGGCCCAGAAGGAGGCGGCCAAAUCUGAACUACCGUAUACGUUCACCGCUCCAGAGAGUUACAACGACCUGAAGGAUUUGCUUCGAGGUCACACCAGCGAAAACCAGCGCAUUAUUGUGGCUCGAACCCAGAAAUGUAAUCACCCAAGUUUGGCUGUUGGCAACAAGCUGAAGCUACAGAAACUCUUGGGAUAUUUGUUGGAGUACAUCGGAGACUUGGCUGCGGAAACCCCGCCCCAGUUCACCACCAUCGAUAAACUCAUACCGGAGGUGUACGGUCUGUGCCAGAUGUUUCCAGAAGCCGCCUGUAAGUCCAUGCAGACCAUUAUCGGAGACGCAGCCCACAGCAUGGGGGAAGUGCUCGAGGGCAAAGACUGGGCUCCUUUCCCGUCUCUGGACAUGCUCGUUCACCUGAAGCUCUCCGCACAGUUAUUCCCGACCUCUGACUUCCGGCACCCGGUCACCACCCCCGCUCUGCUCUACAUCGGCCAGGCGCUCACCAAGUGUCCGGUGAGGACGCUGCAGGACGUGACCGCGGGUCUGGUGCUCUGCUGUCUCGCCGUGGAGUACGUCUCCUUCUCCAAGAGGUUUCUGCCGGAACUCCUCAACUUCCUGCUUGGAAUUCUGCACUUGGCUGUGAAGGAGAAGAAGUCUCUGGCUCUGUAG